AUGUCCAGUGUUACUCUUAAGGGAUCUCUACCCGAAGAUGCCACCGGCCGUAUUCAAGUUCUCGUAACAGAGUUAAUCCGGGCAGGUGUCAAAGCAUUUACCAUCUUCUUAGGGCACUCCGUGAAAGAUGGUGUCCAAAAGGUCUCUGUGCAUUUUCCAAGUGCCGACUCUCUGCCAGAAAAACUACUGGCUCACGUCAGAGUCGUCUUCUCGAGGGAGGUCCACUCGCCAACCGAAGACUGCACGGCGCAAACCACGAGGGCUGCAGGUUCUCUGGCACGCCAGUGGAUGGGUGCCAGUGGACGUGACUGGACUCAUGCCAGCACCCUCUUUGUCUUGGAUGGGGAAGAGUUCUGGGCCAUACGUGACGGAAAGCAUGACUGGCUUGUUCUGGGGCGAUAUGCCAAGCGCGUUCUUCAAGAUCAUACAGAGAGGCACAAAGAAAGUAUCUCUCUCCUUAAGUGA